AUGGCCACUGAUUCAGGGGAGCCAGCCAGCACGGAAGAUUCUGAGAAACCUGAUGGAGUUUCCUUCGAAACCAGGGUUCCUCAAGUUGCUGCAACUUUGACAGUAGAAGCUAAACUAAAGGAAAAAAACAGUACCUUUUCUGCUACUGGGGAAACCAUAGAAAGAAAGAGAUUUUUCCGUAAGAGCGUUGAGAUGACAGAAGAAGACAAAGUUGCCGAAUCUUCCCCCAAAGAUGAGAGAAUAAAGGCUGCAACAAAUAUUCCUCGAGUAGAUAAGCUUCCUACAAAUGUGCUAAGAGGUGGACAAGAAGUUAAAUAUGAACAGUGUUCAAAGGCAACAUUGGAAUCCUCAAAAGAUUGUUUGAAGGAGAAAAAUGAAAAGGAAAUAGAAGAAGAAGCAGAAAUGAAGGCUGUUGCAACUUCUCCUAGUGGCAGGUUCCUGAAGUUUGACAUAGAGCUGGGAAGAGGAGCAUUUAAAACAGUAUAUAAAGGACUGGACACUGAAACAUGGGUUGAGGUUGCUUGGUGUGAGCUGCAGGACCGGAAGUUAACCAAAGCUGAGCAGCAGCGGUUUAAGGAAGAAGCAGAGAUGCUAAAAGGUCUCCAGCACCCCAAUAUAGUUCGAUUUUAUGAUUCCUGGGAAUCUAUAUUAAAAGGAAAGAAAUGUAUUGUAUUAGUAACUGAACUAAUGACAUCAGGAACCUUAAAGACGUACUUAAAACGAUUCAAAGUCAUGAAACCAAAGGUCUUAAGAAGCUGGUGCAGACAAAUUUUAAAAGGGUUGCAGUUCUUGCACACUAGGACUCCUCCUAUUAUUCACCGGGAUCUGAAGUGUGACAACAUUUUUAUCACGGGACCCACUGGAUCUGUGAAGAUUGGUGAUCUGGGACUGGCCACCUUAAUGCGUACAUCAUUUGCUAAGAGUGUCAUUGGAACACCUGAGUUUAUGGCUCCAGAAAUGUAUGAAGAGCACUAUGAUGAAUCCGUAGAUGUCUAUGCUUUUGGAAUGUGUAUGCUGGAAAUGGCUACUUCCGAGUACCCUUAUUCUGAGUGCCAGAAUGCAGCUCAAAUAUACCGUAAAGUUACCAGUGGCAUUAAACCAGCCAGCUUUAAUAAAGUCACUGAUCCUGAAGUGAAAGAAAUCAUUGAAGGAUGUAUUCGUCAAAACAAAUCUGAAAGGUUGUCUAUCAGGAACCUACUAAACCACGCAUUUUUUGCUGAGGAUACAGGACUGAGGGUAGAGCUAGCAGAGGAAGAUGAUUGCUCAAAUUCAUCCCUGGCUUUAAGACUCUGGGUUGAAGACCCUAAAAAAUUAAAAGGCAAACACAAAGACAAUGAAGCUAUUGAAUUCAGUUUCAAUUUAGAAACAGAUACACCUGAGGAAGUAGCAUAUGAAAUGGUCAAGUCUGGAUUCUUUCAUGAAAGUGACUCCAAAGCUGUGGCUAAAUCCAUUAGAGAUCGGGUGACCCUGAUAAAAAAGACAAGGGAGAAGAAGCCUGCUGGCUGUUUGGAAGAACGCAGGGAUUCACAGUGUAAGUCUAUGGGGAAUGUACUUCCUCAGCAGCAAACUACAACUUUGCCUCCUACUUCUGCUCAGCAUACUGGGGCUGAAUGUGAAGAAACUGAAGUUGAUCAACAUGCUCGACAGCAGCUUCUACACAGAAAACCACAACAGCACUGCUCCUCCAUUAGAGGUGACAAUUUGUCUGAAGCAGGAGCUGGAUCAGUUACACAUUCAGAUACUUCAAGUCAGCCCAGUGCAGCUUAUUCCUCAAACCAGACGAUGGGCUCUCAAAUGCAGCCAAAUCUGACUCAGCCCCCAAUUUUGCCUGUGGUUCAAGGUCAGUCCACUGUUUUGCCUGUACAUGUUCUUGGACCUACAGUUGUUUCACAGUCCCAAGUUUCCCCAUUAACUGUGCAGAAGGUCUCACAGAUAAAGACCAUACCCCAACCAGUUGGAGUUGAACAACAAGCAGCUCUUCAAAAACCAGAUUUAGUUAGAAGCUUGAAUCAAGAUGUGGCAGCUGUGAAGGAAAACACCAAUAACUCUGAUAACCCAGGUGGAAAUGGCAAACAGGAUCGGAUCAAACAGAGAAGAGCUUCCUGUCCCCGACCAGAGAAGGGGACUAAAUUUCAACUUACUGUCCUUCAGGUGUCAACCUCUGGAGACAACAUGGUAGAGUGCCAGCUGGAAACACACAACAAUAAGAUGGUCACCUUCAAGUUUGAUGUUGAUGGUGAUGCACCAGAAGAUAUUGCAGACUAUAUGGUUGAAGAUAACUUUGUGCUGGAAAAUGAGAAGGAAAAAUUUGUAGAAGAAUUGAGGGCUAUCGUAGGUCAAGCCCAGGAGAUCCUUCAUGUCCACUCUGCUGCAGAAAAAGUCAUUGGACUUGACUCUGUUACCUUGGAAUCUAACAGUAACCAAACAGGAUCAUCUGAACAAGUCCAGAUAAAUUCUGCUUCUACCCAAACCAGCAAUGAAUCUGCUCCUCAGUCAUCUCCAGUUGGUCGGUGGCGAUUCUGUAUCAAUCAGACAAUAAGAAACCGAGAGGCUCAGUCUCCUCCUUCUCUUCAGCCUUCAAUGGCUGCAGUCACUGGGCUACAUCCAUUUCCUAGUUCACGAAGUAAAAAUAAUAAGGAAAUAUCACAGGAUACACUGCUCAGUAUAGAAAAUAAUCCAUGCCAACAUGCACUUUUUACCUCCAAAUCAGAAAACAAGGAUGUAGUUGAUGGUAAGAUUUCUGAAUGUGCUGGUGUAAAAAGUGAACAGCCAGCUAUACUUUUUCAAGUGGAAGAUAACAGGCAGAUAAUGACACCAGUUACCAGUAGUUCCACUUAUUCCACUACUUCAGUUCCAAUUGAAUGUGAGGGACUCACUGGCCAAACAGGCAUGUUCAUACCUGUAUAUUCAUGUCACCCACCUGCCAGUCAGGCUGAUGUGCUUGUAGCUCAUGGUGGCAAAUCAGCUCAGAUUGCUGGUAAUGUUGUUACAACCUCAACAUUUGUAUCUGAUCAAAAACCUCAGUUCUUACCAGGACAGCAGCCAACUAUGGAUGCAGAGUUUAUUUCCCAAGAAGGAGAAAACAUAGUGAACACUGAAGCAAAUUCUCCAAAAGAAGUCGUUUCCACUCAGACUCCUGGCCUUGAAUCUACUACCCUUUUACCCACUACUGUCCUAGAAUCAGAUGGGGAAAGACCUCCAAAAAUGGAGUUUGCAGACAACCGAAUUAAAACUCUGGAUGAAAAAUUAAGAAACUUGCUCUAUCAGGAACACAGCAUCUCUAGCAUCUAUCCUGAGAGCCAGAAGGACACCCAAAGCAUAGACUCUCCUUUUUCUUCCUCUGCUGAAGAUACACUCUCCUGUCCAAUGCCAGAAGUCAUAGCCAUCAGUCACUGUGGAAUUCAAGAUAGCCCUGCACAAUCCCCUAAUUUCCAACAUAUGGGCUCUAAGAUUCUGUCCAAUGUGGCUGCAAGUCAGCCUGCUAACAUAUCAGUGUUCAAAAGGGACCUGAAUGUGAUAACUUCUGUACCCAGCGAAUUGUGUUUACAUGAGAUGUCCCCAGAUGCUUCACUUCCAGGGGAUCCAGAGGCCUAUCCUGCUGCUGUGUCAAGCGGUGGAGCCAUUCAUCUGCAGACAGGAGGUGGAUAUUUUGGCCUAAGCUUUACUUGUCCUAGUCUCAAAAAUCCUAUUAGCAAGAAAUCCUGGACUCGCAAAUUAAAAAGCUGGGCAUACAGGCUACGGCAGUCAACCAGCUUUUUCAAGAGAUCAAAAGUCCAUCAAGUGGAAACAGAAGAUAUAAGAUCAGCAAUUGCUCCUGAUCCCAUUCCACUGACACGGGAGUCCACGGCUGAUACUAGGGCUUUGAGUAGAUGUAAAACGAUGCGUGGAUCAUUUCAGCGGGGUCGGUUUCAGGUGAUUACGGUUCCUCAGCAGCAAUCAUUGAAAGUGACAUCUUUUGGAAUAGAACACAGAUCCGCAUUCAAGGAAAUAUCGAAUCAGUCCAGUGAAGAAGCUCUGGCCUUUAGUGAAACUGCAAAGUCUCAGUUAGUAGAAGUGGAACCUGCCGUGCACAAUCCUCAGACUUCAGUCUCUUCUCAGAAGUUACAAACUCUUCAUGAAACCUUUAAAGAAGAUAAAGGGAUUUCCAAACAAUUAGACAACUUCCUGUCUUUCAGCACAGCUUGUGAGACUGAUGUAUCUUCAGUGACCCCAGAAAAAGAAUUAGAAGAAACUUCAGCCACGGGAAGUAGCAUGCAAUCUGGAUCUGAACUGUUGCUUAAACAGAGAGAGAUACUGCCUGCUGAGAAACAGCCUAGUUCUGCUAGUGAAUUUUCAGCCACUCUUGCUGAUAAUGGGAAGACAGUGGCAAAAACUGGUCCAGAAAGUGAUCAGGGCUUACCCCUUCAUGAAGAACAAGCCUAUGCUCAAACGCAGAGUUCACUCUUCUAUUCUCCAUCUUCCCCAAUGAGCAGUGAUGAUGAGUCAGAAAUAGAGGAUGAAGACUUGAAAGUGGAACUUCAAAGAUUACGAGAAAAACACAUUCAGGAGGUGGUAAAUCUUCAAACCCAGCAGAAUAAAGAGCUUCAGGAGCUCUAUGAACGUCUUCGGUCAAUUAAAGAUAACAAAGCACAAUCUUCAGAGAUUCCUUUGCCACCUGCAUCACCACGUCGACCAAGAUCUUUCAAAAGUAAACUUCGAAGCCGCCCCCAAUCCUUGACACACGCAGACAAUUCCUUGGUUGCAACAGAUCCACUAUGUGUAGAGAGUAAUACAGCAUCGUGCCAGCAAUCUCCAGCCAGUAAAAAAGGGAUGUUCACAGAUGACUUACAUAAGCUGGUGGAUGACUGGACAAAGGAAACAGUGGGAAAUUCUCUUAUUAAGCCAAGUUUAAACCAACUUAAACAGAGUCAACAAAAAAUAGAGGCAGAAAACUGGAACAAGGCAUAUGAAAAUACUCCAUCUACUAUGGGCUACACAUCAACAUGGAUUUCUUCUCUGUCCCAAAUUCGUGGAGCUGUCCCAACCUCCUUGCCCCAAGGACUGCCACUCCCUUCAUUUCCUGGGCCAUUAUCAUCAUAUGGAAUGCCCCAUGUUUGUCAGUAUAAUGCUGUGGGGGGUGCAGGGUAUCCAGUACAGUGGGUAGGAAUUUCAGGGACAACACAACAGUCUAUAGUAAUUCCUACCCAAUCUGGGGGACCGUUUCAGCCGGGGAUGAAUUUGCAGGCAUUUCCAGCUCCACCAGUGCAGAAUCCUGCUACAAUCCCUCCUGGUCCCAAGUGA